GUCGCGCUGCAGGUGGUGGCGCCCGGAGGCUGUCGGGAAGGAGGCGGGGUGACGUGAGGCUGACGAGCUCCGCGGCGGGUUUGCCGAGGUCGGUGGCCGGCGGCGGCGGCGGUACCGGUACCGGAGGGGCCGCUUGCUCGAGAGCCGGCGGUGGACGGAGCGGUGUGUGGCCGGGGCCAUGACGAGCAAUGCCGGGGAGUGGUGCCUCAUGGAAAGCGACCCCGGGGUCUUCACCGAGCUCAUUAAAGGAUUCGGUUGCCGUGGGGCCCAAGUAGAAGAAAUAUGGAGUUUAGAGCCUGAGAGUUUUGAAAAAUUAAAGCCCGUUCAUGGAUUAAUUUUCCUUUUCAAAUGGCAGCCAGGAGAAGAACCAGCAGGCUCUGUGGUUCAGGACUCCAGACUUGAAACAAUAUUUUUUGCCAAGCAGGUAAUUAACAAUGCAUGUGCUACCCAAGCCAUCGUGAGUGUGUUACUGAACUGUACCCAUCAAGAUGUCCAUUUAGGAGAGACGUUAUCAGAGUUUAAGGAAUUUUCACAAAGUUUUGAUGCAGCCAUGAAAGGAUUGGCACUGAGCAAUUCAGACGUGAUUCGACAAGUGCACAACAGUUUUGCCAGACAGCAAAUGUUUGAAUUUGAUGCAAAGACAUCAGCCAAAGAAGAAGAUGCUUUUCACUUUGUCAGUUAUGUUCCUGUUAAUGGAAGACUGUAUGAAUUAGAUGGAUUAAGAGAAGGACCAAUUGAUUUAGGUGCAUGUAAUCAAGAUGACUGGAUUAGCGCAGUAAGGCCCGUCAUAGAAAAAAGAAUACAAAAGUAUAGUGAAGGAGAGAUUCGCUUUAACUUAAUGGCCAUUGUGUCCGACAGAAAAAUGAUAUAUGAACAGAAGAUAGCAGAGUUACAAAGACAACUUGCAGAGGAGGAACCUAUGGAGACUGAUGAGGGCAGCAGUAUGUUAAGUGCUAUUCAGUCAGAGGUGGCCAGGAAUCAGAUGCUUAUUGAAGAAGAAGUACAAAAAUUAAAGAGAUACAAGAUUGAAAAUAUCCGAAGGAAGCAUAAUUAUCUGCCCUUUAUUAUGGAAUUGCUAAAGACAUUAGCAGAGCACCAGCAGUUGAUACCACUUGUAGAAAAGGCAAAAGAAAAACAGAACGCAAAGAAAGCUCAGGAAGCCAAAUGAAGCCGGUGCGUUGGGGUGUGGACACUGCCCUGUGCUGCUGUCAUGGAGAGGUUGAAGGGACUUGGAGCCACAUCCUGAAGGACUAGCGCACGUCUGCAGCAGCAGCAGCGGCGACUUGUCUUUAAUGCAUGGAUUCCAAACUCCCUGCCUGCAUCUUCGGAAUAAAAUGCUGUCAUGAGUGCUUGCUCACAUUCCUUCUUUGACAUUGGGUCUGGACAUACGGAACUGCAGUCAUGAACGUAGCAGAUCUUCAAAUCAUACUCUCUACCUGUAAUCGUUCUAAUGAAACCUCUUGAUGUAUUGGUUUAAGUAUUUCUAAUUAUAAAUGACAGGUCUUAAUUAAACCAGAUCACUUAAGAGAAAAAAAUUAAUUUCUGUCAUAUAUGUUUUGAGAACCUUAAAGCUGGAUUUUAUCUCAUACUGAUUAUUUGAUGUUCAUGUAAACCAUCGUAAAAAAAACUAAAGUACUAUUUCUAGUUAUUUUUUAACUGCUGCCCGUUUUAUCGUAGCAACCUUUCUUCAAAUGUUUGGGGUUGUUUUGUUGUGGAACUGUUUGAGGAAGUCUGAAUAUUAUCACAUUUCAGGUUAAGAACACAUUGUAGGCUGGAGGUUGGAGACUCCAAGUUAAAACCCUAGUAUUGCC